AUGCUAUCUGAGCUCCCCUCGGAGAUCAUCUAUGAAAUUGCAACAUAUCUUCCAACUGCCAAUGCAUUAGCACAUUUGUCUCAGACAUGCUAUCGUCUACACACCAUUAUCACAGCUGAAAAUUCUCGAAUCUUUCGAGCGUUUGUGCGAAGCAGAUUUCCAUCUAUCGAGACACCACCAUACUGGGAAGAUGCAGCACAAGCUUUGACCUCUAGGUCCCGGGCCUUCGACAGAAACGCCAUUAUCGGCCGAUUUGUUGUGCCACCUGAAAGUGCGACUAAGAUCGGUCCUCUUGUGACUCGCCAAGACAACCCGACUCUUGGGUACAGGCCUCCAAUCGAUUCUUACGAGGUAUGGAAUGGCCAACGUUGGGCUGAUCGGAAGGAGGUUCUUGCCUGGGGUGCUGCACACCAGCUUGUGAUGAGGAUCAAGCAAACCGGCGCUCACUCGCAAGAAGACUGGUUUGUGUUCAAUGAUGCUAACGAAUGGGUCAACAGCCAUGAUGACAUUUGUUCUCUGCACCUUUUGCCCUCGGGGAAUCACUACAGUAACAAUACCAACGUGGAGCAUCUGAUCUUUGGUCGGGUUCGAGGUGAUAUCGCUCACCUUGCCAUAUCUCCCAAUGAAGAGACAUUCGAAUACAAGCAGAUAUUUAAGGUCCAUGGAUUCAGACUCAAUAAAUCAGAUUUGAGCAGUGACGCAGACUCUGUUUUGGCUGCGCAUUUCGAAAAUGGAUCCAUCGCUUUCUACAAUACCAAGACCGAGAACGAAGAAAUCGAGCCAUUCACAUGGCUUCACCGAGAAUACUCCCCACGAACCAACUACUCCAAAUUCCUAUCCUCAUCACUAGUGGCGGUGGGAACUGGAAAUGUAGCAAACACCUUGUCUAUCUCGAAAAUCACACCAGACGGCGUCUUCGCAUAUCGUGACAUCGAAAUCGGCACCUUAGACACCGAGUCUGCAAGCCUCAGAUCAAGGCCCAACAUCAGCGUCAUUGAACCUCUCAGUACCUACAACUUCACAGCCUCCCCAGGCGAAGUCUUCCUAGCCGCCUGGGACGACCACACCGUGCGACUCCACGACCUGCGCUCCCCAAGCACCUACGAGGUCUCCUACAAAGACAUGACGGAUCUCAGCCCCAUCUACAGCCUCCACGCCUUCGGCCGUGAGCGCUUCCUAGCCGGAGCCGGCGCUGAAGGCUUAGUCAAGAUCUUUGACCUACGCAUGGACGACACAUACAGUUACUUGGAUGCACAAGUACCCGCCUCGCAAUCGCAGAGCACACAGACAACAAAUACCAAUGUUAGCACACCCAGAAUGAAAGCAAAAUCACACGCUAAAAAGGGCUUCUCCGUUUAUCUCUCCCAUCACCCACCCCUCACAUUCCCCCAACGAGCUCCAGCUAUGCGCCGGAACCGCCAAAGAGGUCCCUACCGCGGCCCCGUUUACACGAUGUCCUCUCCCUCGCCCUCCUCGCCAACUGUCUACACAGGCCUCGUGGAUGGGGUCGUCCAGCUCGACUUUGCGUCCACGGAUGACCUAACCGGUCCGCAGAAAGAGUGGUAUGCAUCUAACCUGGACCUGGGUGUGAAUACGAGUCAUGAGGUUUCACCACGUGGUCAGGAGGUUGUACAGCGCUGGAACUCCGAGGCGUUCAAUUUGGCUGGAUAUGAGCGUCCAGACGAAAACGACACCGCUACUAUUUCUAAGCUGAGGAACCAGCGCGCCUUUGGAGACCUUGAGCAUGAUGAUAUGGCUAGUGAGACGCAGGGUUGGGAUUGCAGGUGGGAGAGUUUGGAGGAGCCUGGGUCUUGGAGGAGACAGGAUAGGUGA